UAUCCUUCUUCCCCUGAUGCGCUCUACUCCCUUUCCUAAAAUACCCACUCCUCCCCGCCAUUUUCCCACUCUCUUCCCUCCAUUAUUUUCGACCGUUGAUCACCCUUUUCUACAUUUUCUUCUUCAAAUCAAGCCUAACGGCUUGAGGUAAUCCAUCAUAUGCGGUAAGAAUCAAACCCCUAUCACAAAGUGAAUUAUGAAAUACUAGGCUAACCUAUGAUUCUCCAAGGUUUUUGGAUUUGAAUGCCCAUUAUGGAGUUUAAAUGGGAUAUUCAUAAUUGCCAUUCACUUGGAUAUUUUUUGGGGAAUUUGCUGAAAUAGUGAGAUUUGGGGCACUAUGUAAGCUGAGACCAUAUGCUGAUCCUGGACUCGCAUGAGAAGGACUAUUAGCCUAUUACCCGUCCAAGGAAAUCGAGAAAUGAUAUUGACCUUUUCUUGACAAUUGUUGAACCUUCUUAUGACAAUUUAUAUCUAUAGGGUAAGUUAGCUCUAUAUUCAAUUUGCUUAACAUGUCUUACAUGCAUAAAUUCGCGGCUGAAGACCAUUCGAUAACUGGGGACUCAUCAUGGACUAUUUUAUGGCAACUGCACAAGUCUUCCUUAUAUCACACAUUACCUAAAAGUUUUUGCCUAACAUGACUUACAUGCAUAACCUAUCAUCAAAGCAUAGUUUUUUCUAAUCUGAUAUAACAUAGCUAAUUAGCUAUGUUGUGAGUUGUGACUAUCAAAUUCUUCGACUGCUCUUUGUUGCAAGGUUCAUAACAUUUUUACUAUUAUAUUGUGUGAAGAUUAAGCAUUUAGAGUAUCUGUAGUAAGAUGAGUUAAAUGCAACACUCACAAUAUGAAGAGCACUGAAGAUGUUUUUUUCAGAGGACAUGCCUCAAUCUUCGAGUUGUUUCUUCUGGUAUACGAAGGGAGUGUUUGGUUUGGAGGAAAAAGAUUUCCGGAAAACCAUUUUGCCCAUUUCCCUUGUUUGGUUUGAUAAAGAACUCAAAAUGGUAAACUUGGUCGUAAAAAAGUAUUUUCCAUCCCCUUACAAACAUUUUCCUUUAAACUUGCGAGGAAACCAAUUUCCUUCUCUCUUUCAUCUUCAAGAUCUUCAUUUCCUUCCUCUUAUCGUAAUAGUUUUCGACCUAACCAAACAUAAGAAACUAAUUAGCAUCUGCAUUUUUCAUUGAAAAUUGUUUUCCUAGGAAAAUGUUCUCUACCAAACCGAACAUUGGUGUACUUGGCUUCCUAUUUUCCUGAUGUUCAUUUUAAGUUCUUUUUUUGAGUUUUUUUUUUUUUUUUUUGAAAAUGAAAAGGAAAUUUAGUGUAUCAGGAUACCUAGACGUUGGAACUUUGACGGAGCUUCUUAAUGCUGCUCUAAAUUCAAGCUCCCUGUUUUCACUAAUUGUUUAUUGUGUUUUCUAUAACGUAGGAGGUCAAGCGUUCUUUGUGUUAAAUAGGAUUACCUGCUGAUGCUUUUUAGGUUAUCUUACGUGUUUUGUUUUUGAUGCAGUUUGAGUGAAGACAAAUGGGAACUAUAUCAGUCCGUUUUGCUCAUAUGUUGUUUCUUUAGUCACGAACUGUUGUCUGAUCUUAUAGUGAAGCCUGAGUGCCAAUGAGUUUUCUCAUUUCAUAACAAAAUGAGAAAUCGCACUGUUAUUCGUAAAUCCUUAGGGCUUCAUCAGGACUAAAUGUGCUGCUACCUGCUUUCAGUUGUCUGAAUAAAUGCAGAAAGAAAUGAUUGAAAACAGAAUUCAGGAUUUUGAUUCCUCCGGAAAUGACACAGAUUUUUCACAGGACAACACCGGAUCAAUAGAAGAAAUACCAGAGAAUGCUAUAUUGUCGCGACGAACAUCAGUCAAUCUGGUCCCAUUUAUUGGUCAGAGAUUUGUUUCUCAAGAUGCUGCAUAUGAAUUUUAUUGUAAUUUUGCAACACAAUGUGGCUUCUCAAUCAGGCGCCAUCGCACCAGGGGAAAAGACGGGGUGGGUCGAGGAGUCACAAGAAGAGAUUUUACCUGCCAUCGUGGUGGAUAUCCACAGGCAAAACCGACAGAAGGUAAGUCACAGAGGAAUAGGAAAUCAUCACGAUGUGGUUGUCAAGCAUACAUGAGAAUCGUGAAAAGGUCGGACUUUGAUGUCCCCGAAUGGCGUGUCACGGGAUUUAAUAACAAUCACAAUCACGAACUUCUAAAGUCGGUCGAAGUACCUAUUCUUCUAUCUCACUGCAACAUAUCCGCUGACGACAAAAGUCGUAUUUGUAUGUUUGCAAAAGCCGGAAUGUCUGCACGCCAAAUGUUAAGAUUGAUGGAGCUCGAAAAAGGUGUUAAACUAGGUUGCUUGCCAUUCACUGAACUAGAUAUCAGAAAUCUUCUUCAGUCUUUUAGACAUAUUGAUGAAGAUAAUGACGCUAUUGACCUUGUCGGAAUGUGUAAGAGAUUGAAAGACGAACAUCCCGAUUUCAAAUAUGAUUUCGAGUUAGAUGGCCAUAAUAGAUUAGCGAAUAUCGCUUGGUCAUACCCUUCAUCCGUUCAGCAGUAUGAAGCUUUUGGGGAUGCAAUACUACUGGAAACGACACAUCGUCUGGAUGCUUAUGAUAUGCUUCUAGGCCUUUGGAUUGGGGUUGAUAAUCAUGGACUUGCUUGUCUUUACAGUUGUGUGCUUUUGCGGGAUGAGGAUCUGCAGUCUUUUACAUGGGCACUGAAGAUGUUUUUGUGCUUUAUGAAAGGAAAAGCACCACAGACCGUCUUAACCGACCAAAAUAUGUGGCUUAAAGAGGCAAUAGCUUGUGUAAUGCCCGAAACCAAACAUGCGUUCUCUAUACGGCAUAUCAUGACCAACUUUUCUGACUGGUUUUAUUUGCCACUUGGGUCUCGUUAUGAUGGUUGGAAGGCUGAAUUUAAUCGUCUCUAUAGCUUGGAAUUAGUUGAUGAAUUUGAAGCUGGAUGGAAAGAGAUGGUUGAUCGAUAUGGCCUACAGUUGAAUAAGCACAUCAUCAGCCUUUAUGCGUUACGGAACUUUUGGGCUCUAUCCUUUUUGAGACACCACUUCUUUGCUGGGUUUAUGAGUAAAUCUGUGACGGACUCUGUUAAUGCUUUCAUCCAAAGGAUCGUGAGUGCACAAUCUAAACUCGACUGCUUUAUUGAUAAGGUAGCUGAAAUAGCAGAGUAUAAAGAUCAUUGUGGAUCGAAGCACAAAAUGAAGCAAAAUGCUCAAAAAGUCUCUCUUAAAACAGGUUCACCAUUGGAGUCACAUGCUGCUACCGUUUUAACACCUUUUGCUUUCUCUGUCCUUCAAGAAGAGCUUGUUUUAGCCCCUCAAUACGCCUCCAUCUUGGUUGGCGAAGGUUGCUUUCAUAUCAGACACCACACCGAAAUCGAUGGAGGGUGGAAAGUGAUGUGGGAUCCUCGUCAAGAACUAAUUCGAUGCAGUUGCCAUCAAUUCGAGUUUUUAGGCAUCUUUUGUAGACAUAUUCUCCGCGUUUUCUCAACAAAUAACUGUUUUCGCAUUCCAGAUUCUUAUCUUCCUUUGAGAUGGCGUCUUGUAUUCAAAGAGAACAUCGAAAAAGAGAAAAUUGAGAAAGUUAAACUCUUGGAAUCCUUGGCUUCCACUAUUGUUUCGGAAUCAGUAGUAGCUAAGGAACGCCUCGAUUUUGCGUGUGAGCAAAUGUCCAUGGUAUUAUCUCACAUAAAUCAAAUCUCUGGUUUGAACGAUCAUGAUCGUCAUGUAAAUGAGAUGGGAUUCAAUAGCCCUUCUGGUUCGUUGAUUCUACCGGAAGUUGAAGAUUCCGAUGGUAUUGUUCAGAGUUUCACUCUUGGGGAUCUUCAGGAAUCGUUUUUGGGAAAGUUGAAAGAACGGAGUCCAAAUGCUGGGGUCGGAAAUGUGUUACGUAAGAGACAACGUUGUUGUAUUCCUUGUUGUGGACAAUUUGGGCAUGAUGCAUCGAAUUGCCCUAUUCUUGGAAGUGAAAGCUUGCAUGCAGAUGGAGAUGCAUUGGGUUUCUUGUAACAUAGGAUCCUAGUAGUAAACUUGUAAUUGAUAUUAGUAUUAUUUAACAUUUACAAUUCUAAAUAUAUAAAAAUAUUAUGGCAUUUAAUCUCAAAGAUCCAAAGGUGUUGGGGUUAGAAAGUGUCCGAAAAUUAUGACUGUCAAUUAGCAUGUGUAAAAACGACGUUUUAUCUGGCCAUUAUUGAAGGAUCCUAAAAAUCCAUCUAUUUGGUUAUAUUAUUGUUUCCAUUACCGCACAUAUGUAUAAAA